UGUGACGUCUGGAGGGCGCCUCAAGUCUUCACCCAGGCUGAAGUCCCGGAAAGGCAGCAUCGGGGGCUGGAUUCUGAGCGCUUUCUUCCUGCUCCGAGUGCAGAACUGAAUCCAGCCUGGGUCCUGGACCCGUGUAGUCCUGACCCUGUUCCCUCCUCACUGCAUUGUCGCUCCUCGCGCCACCGGCUGGGCCCCGGAAUGCCGGGGGUUUCCGCCCGGGGCCUCUCUUACGAGGAGAGGAGGCAACUAGCUGUGAACCUCACCCGGGUCGUGACGCUCUACCGUUCCAUCCUGGACGCCUACAUCAUUGAAUUCUUCACAGACAACCUGUGGGGCACACUCCCUUGUGCGUGGCAGGAAGCUUUGGACGGACUGAACCCACCACAGCUGGCCACACUGCUGCUGGGGAUGCCUGGGGAAGGGGAAGUGGUCAGGUACAGGUCGGUGUGGCCACUCACCCUGCUGGCCCUGAAGUCCACAGCCUAUGCCCUGGCCUUUACGCGGACACCUGGGUUUCAGACCCCCUCAGAGUUCCUGGAGAACCCCAGCCAGAGUUCCCGACUGACAGCUCCAUUCCGGAAACACGUCAGGCCCAAGAAGCAGCAUGAGAUCCGGAGGCUGGGAGAGUUGGUGAAGAAGCUGAGCGACCUCACAGGCUGCACCCAGGUUGUGGAUGUAGGCUCAGGCCAGGGCCAUCUCUCCCGCUUCAUGUCCCUGGGGCUGGGGCUGAUGGUGAAGAGCAUUGAAGGGGAUCCGAGACUGGUGGAGAGAGCCCAGCGCCUAGACCAGGAGCUCCUGCAGACUCUGGCGAAAGAAGAAAAGAGGAACCCACAGGUGGUCCAAGCUGGCCCUCGCCACCCCCCACACCACGUGGUGAGGUGGGUAGACCCCACAGCCCUGUGCGAGGAGCUUCUGCUUCCACUGGAGACCUCAGCUCAGAGUGGGACCCGCUUGCUUCUGACAGGCCUCCAUGCCUGUGGGGACCUGAGUGUCGCCUUGCUGAGGCAUUUCUCCUGCUGCCCUGAGGUGGUGGCCCUGGCCUCCGUGGGCUGCUGCUACAUGAAGCUGAGUGACCCUGGCGGCUACCCACUGAGUCAGUGGGUGGCUGGGCUGCCCGGCUAUGAACUGCCCUACAGGCUGCGGGAGGGGGCCUGUCACGCCCUGGAGGAGUAUGCUGAGCGGCUACAGAGAGCAGGCCCAGGCCUCCGCACCCACUGCUACCGGGCGGCGCUGGAGACCGUCAUCCGGCGAGCCCAGCCUGAGCUCCGCCGGCCAGGCGUGCAGGGGAUCCCCAGGGUCCACGAGCUCAAGAUUGAAGAAUAUGUGCAGCGGGGGCUACAGCGGGUGGGGCUGGACCCCCACCUGCCGCUGAAUCUGGCUGCCCUUCGGGCCCACCAGGCCCAGGAGAACCGUGUGGUGGCCUUCUUCAGCCUGGCUCUGCUGCUGGCCCCACUGGUGGAGACACUGAUUCUGCUGGACCGGCUACUCUACCUUCAGGAGCAGGGCUUCCAUGCUGAGCUCCUGCCCAUCUUCAGCCCCGAACUCUCUCCCAGAAACCUAGUUCUGGUGGCCACCAAAAGGCCUUUGGGUGAGGCCUUCUCUGUCCUGGAGACUGAAGACAGCUGACACGGCGUGAGGAAGGGCAGAUCCCAAACCCCCUCUGAAACUGCCAGGUGCCACACUGGGUGGCAGCACCUUCACCUCCUCAGCUAGAGAACCAGCAUCCGGCAUACUACCUGGAAUCCCGUUCCCUGCAGACCUUCGGCUUUGUACCCCUUCUCUCCCUCCAAAUAUGAUAUUGAUAUUAUGUGAACAUUUAUUUGUAAUUUAUUAAAAAACUGAAAUCUU